AUGUUAGAAGUAGGAGAUUUAAUAACUGGGAGGUUUAAAAAAUCCAGUAUCACCAUUUUAUAUGGAUCUGAUACGGGUACGGCCCAAGAUUAUGCAUAUUUCUUACUGAAAAGAUUACGUUAUUUAUCAUUAAACCCAACUAUCGCAGCAUUAGAUGAUUAUCCAUUGAAAAAAUUAGUCACUGAUACUAGUUUUUUGAUAGUUAUUUGUGCUACUGUUGGCCAAGGAGAAGUUCCUCGAAAUGGUAAAAAGUUCAUGAAAUUCAUUUUGAAGAAGAAACUACCCUCUGAUCUUUUAAAUCAUGUGUCCCUUACGACAUUUGGAUUAGGUGAUUCAUCAUAUCCUAAAUAUAAUCAUGCCAUACGGAAGAUACAUACCAGAUUAGGUCAGUUAGGAUGUACUGAAUUAUGUUCCAGCUGUGAGGCUGAUGAACAAAGUUCUGAAGGUCUCGAUGGUUACUAUACUGUAUGGGAACAAACAUUGAUAGAUUCUUUGAAGAAGUUUUUCCCUACAUUAACCCCAUUAAACGAUGAAGCCAUAUUAUCACCAUCCAAUAGACUUUCAAUUGAGACCGGGGAUGUAGAGAAUGAAUCAGAUUCUGUUUUGGCUAAGACUAGAGCUGAUAUUGAUAAUGAAUAUGCUGAUACUGAAAGACGUUUGAAAGUAGGAAAGAUAAAGAGUCUUGAAAGAAUCACACCUUCAGAUCAUUUCCAAGAUGUUAGACACCUUACUGUGGAAGCUUCAGAUCUUGAUUAUCAACCAGGUGAUACUAUGGCAUUGUUUCCUACAAAUUCUGCUGAAGAAGUACAAAAAUUACUUGAUCUGCAAAAGAAAUGGCUUUCAGUAGCUGAUAAACCUUUGAAAAUCCAUGGCGUUGUGCCUUACAUAGAAGGAGGACUUAUAAGUCCAGAGAAAUUGACAUUAAGACGGUUAUUAACCCACCAUCUCGAUAUCAUGGCUAUACCUACUAGAUCUUUCUUCUUUAGUAUAUGGAGAUUUGUUAAUACUGAUAACGAAGAUGGGAAAAGAGAAGUAGAAAAAUUGAAAGAAUUUUGUGAUUUUGAAAAUAGUGAAGAGUUAUAUGAUUAUGCCAAUCGUCCUAGAAGAUCAAUAGCUGAAUUUUUGGUUGAAUUUGAAAACAACUUAGAAAUCCCUGUGCAAUAUGUAUUUGAUUUAUUCCCUAAAAUCAAACCAAGAUUAUAUUCUAUUGCCUCUAAACCUAGUGAGAAUACUAUUGAGUUAGUGAUUGGAGUGGUAGAAUAUCAAACUAUUAUCAAAAGAAUCAGAAGGGGUUUAUGUUCAAGAUGGUUGAAAUCUUUGAAUGUCGGUGAUGAUAUAAUCUUUACCCUUCACAAACAAAAGUUGAAAUUCGGUGACAAACCAUUGAUUUUAGUAGGUCCAGGUACCGGAAUCGCCCCUAUGAAAUCAUUGAUUGAACAUAGGAUAGGAUCCCAAGACAUGUACUUCUUCUUUGGAUUCAGAAAUGAAACCAAAGAUUAUUUCUUCAAAUCCCAGUGGGAUGAAUUUUCCAAGAAGGAUAACUUCACUUUAUUCCCAUGCAUAUCUAGAUCAGACAAAUUCAAGAAACAAUAUGUUCAGAACGGAAUCUUUGAUCAGAAAGAACUCAUCCAAAAACUCAUACUCGAAGAAGAAGCUGUCAUAUAUCUCUGUGGGUCUAAUGGACCAAUGCCUAGACAAGUUAGAGAAACCAUCCUUGAAAUUUUAAAGAUUUCAGGAAUGACAGAAGAAGAAGCUGCUCAGUAUCUCCUCUCCAUGGAAAAUACCGGAAGGUAUAUCCAAGAGACUUGGUAA